AUGGCCGCCCACGCGAACGCGACUGACUGGCUCCCUCGCCAGGGGCCUCUUACCCUCACAACGAAGGGUGUUCACGCCCGGUAUAUCGAAAACAACCGGCAUAGAGACUGGUUCCUCUGCCUAGCAUGGGCCAUAGACAAGGAUAAACAUGACCCGGUGCAGAGCAAGAUGCUGUGCAAGCUGUAUGCCUUCAUGCUUGACUUUAUACCACAGGGCCUGGCUGGCGACUUUGCCCACAUACGCGGCGACGAGGUAAUGGACCAACUGCUCUGUCACUGCGAAAGCACGAAGUCUCGGCACAGGGUGACGAGGCAGGCAGAAGCCGCAUUCACUGAGCUGGAGAAGUGGAUGGGAAAGCACGAGAAUUGGAUGGACGCCUUCAACGCCAGACGAAGGAAACAGACCAAGACGACCAGAAAAAGGCGGGAGCAGGCUAAAAUCACCCAGGUGCUGUCACCAGCGGGUAGGUUCCCCCUUGAUGAAGGCGGGAAGCGCUUACGAAUGUCAACUGUAGGUAUGAUGGCAGUCCUGGUGAUCGCAUAUCCUGAGCACGACAAGUUCAAGCGCUGGAUAGGCAAGCUGCAGAUCGAGUGGAUGAUGACACAGGCACGAGAAAAGUUGGCGGUGCGACAUGGUUUCUGGGAAGGGUUCAAGUUCGCCAACCUCUACACGGUCUUCGAUUCAGCAGAGCCUCGAGAGGCGGAGCUGGCGCAUCUCGCCGAUUACAACCAGCUCUUUGGGAAGCAUUUCGUGCAAUGCCGACGUGAUCUCAAGCCACAUCUGCAGCCGUGGGCCCAUCGCCUAAGCCUGGAGGAGCAGAACCCUGACGACGAUUCGGGCAAGUCAGACAAGUCAUUCGGCGAGGGAAGGUCCGGCGACCAGUCCGACGGCCAGUCAGGGGAGCAUUUAGGCGACAAAUCAGACGUUGAUGACAGCGAAGACGGUUCCGCGAAUGGAAUGAACACCACGGCUGAGAAUCAGCAGCGCCUUGCCCCUGCUGAGCCCAAGCUCGAGAGCAUCGAGCCCGUACCCACUUGUACGCGGGCGCUUCCGUCCAACUGCCUCACUGAGACAGCUAGCAAUGUGUUGGACAAGCACCAGAGUCUCUCCAACCUUUUCCGCAGCGCCGCUCUGACCAAGCCACCCCAAAACGCAUCACCCACACCGGCGGCGCAAAGUAUACCUGCCGCGGUUAUAAGGAUAAGCGCCACCCCGUCCCCUGGGCGGAAGCCGACCAGUACACCCGCACCUCCAAGCUCCACAACGAUGAACUCACAGAGCGCAUCUGUCAUGCGCAAACAAAAUGCAUUCUCUGGGAGCGUCUAUGUCCCGAGGAAGCGGGGGCUGAGCCCCGAUGGGAGGAACUCCAAGAAGGUGAAGUUCGAUCUGGAAGAGACGGCCGACACACACCAGCUCAAAGAAGAGAUGCAAACAGGGCUUGGAGCUCUUAAAGAUAUGAUCUCGGCAACGACUGAUCUCCUGAAAGAGAGUGUAUUGCAAAUCCAGAUGACCAGUUCCACUUGUGGAGAAUUGAAUGUCAGACUCGACAAGGUGGAGUCGAAGCUCAGGUCGAGUUUUGAUGCUUUUGGCACGGAACUGGAACACCUGCGGACCUCCGUUAGCGGGCUGAAGAGUGAGCUAAGGGAAAAUAUGGAGUUGAUCAGGAAGGAGGCUGAGAGACGUGACGACCAGGGACGUUCUGUGCUCGACGGGAUGAAGUCAAAACUCGAUGCCUGUGCCCGGGAUGUGAAGGCUUUAGGUCGGACGACUAAAAAGGUGAGGAGGGAGCUCCCAUCCCAGGUCCAGGACAUGUUUGAUGCCUUCAACAAACCAGCGAACAAGCCGGCACCGCAGGCGGGGGAGGAUGGAUUCCUCGGCGUACAGUGUCCAGCACCACCAGGGUGGAACCAGAACGACUACAAUAUACAAUUAGAGCGAGCAGCCUGGUCUUAUAUAUGUUUCCUGGGCAACCCUGAUGAGGGUGUAUGCCCAGAUGAAGAAGCGCUCGGGUCAGUUCAGGACCAGUUUCCGCAGCUUGCGGAGGAGCACAUCAUCUCAGCGCUUGGCCAUACACAUAUGCGAAUACAUCAUCAGCCUCUCGGCCAGGCUAUUCGCCAGGGUGGUGGUGAUGAUCUUGCUGAGGACUGA